AAACUCUCUUUAUGGAUUGGCUAAUUGCCUUGAUUCUACCAAUCAGAUUCUAGAUUGGGGACAUCUGAAGCCAACAACAGGAAGUACACACUCGAUAGCGGUUACUUUUUUUGGAAACUUUUACCAACGUAAACCUACUAAAAAGACUUAUAAGUGUUCAGAAAUGUAGCGAUUGAUAUAUCAACGGGGAGUUUUAUUCCAUUGCGUCAGACACUGAGAUACUUUCAACGGUUAAGACAGGAUGCAUCGUCUGCUUUGUUUGUUUACAUGGUGAAACAGAUGACAAGCUAACGUUAGCAACCUAGCUUGGUAAAAUUAGAGUCAUAUGAGCUGACAGUUAUCCAGCAGCUUUGUCCUCACGAAUGAAACUUAACAUAAGCUAGUGAAAGAACCGACGGACAUGUACACAAUUGAAGGUUUGUCGUAGGUCGCAGUGAGCCGUUGAAAGUGUAACAAUGCGAAGCUAACGUUAAAUGUGUCGAGCGUUAGCAACGUUUGGUAGACGAGUGAAAUCGUUUUGUCACUGAACCUGCGGCCGGUGUUUUAAAGGCCUUACAGCGUCUUCAUGUCAAGAUGCCUUGUUCCUGUGGGAACUGGAGAAGAUGGAUUCGGCCGCUGGUCGUUGUGCUGUAUAUUUUGUUGCUAUUAGUCGUCCUGCCAUUGUGCAUAUGGGAACUGCAGAAGUCAAGGGUUGGCACUCAUAAUAAAGCAUGGUUCAUUGCUGGGAUUUUUGUCUUCAUGACCAUACCCAUAUCAUUAUGGGGCAUCCUCCAGCAUCUGGUUAACUACACUCAGCCAGAGCUUCAGAAACCUAUCAUCAGAAUAUUAUGGAUGGUCCCAAUCUACAGCUUGGACAGUUGGAUUGCAUUAAAAUACCCCACUAUAGCCAUUUAUGUGGACACAUGCAGAGAGUGCUACGAGGCCUAUGUCAUCUACAACUUCAUGACCUUCUUGCUUAACUACCUGGAAAAUCAGUACCCCAGCCUGGUGUCGAUGCUGGAGGUCCAGGAGCAGCAGAAACACCUGCCCCCUCUUUGCUGCUGCCCGCCCUGGCCAAUGGGAGAGGUUUUACUGUUGAGAUGCAAAUUGGGAGUGUUGCAGUAUACAGUUGUAAGACCCGUCACAACUGUGAUUGCCUUGAUCUGUCAGCUGUGUGGAGUGUAUGAUGAAGGCAAUUUUAGUUCAAAAAAUGCAUGGACGUACCUGGUCAUCUUCAACAAUAUGUCACAGCUGUUUGCCAUGUACUGCCUGGUGCUGUUCUACAGGGCUCUGAGAGAGGAACUAAGUCCAAUCAAACCAGUGGGCAAAUUCCUAUGCGUCAAAAUGGUGGUUUUCGUCUCUUUCUGGCAAGCUGUAUUCAUUGCUUUGCUGGUGAAAGUGGGCAUUAUCUCCGAGAAACGUACAUGGGACUGGCAAAGUGUGGAGGCUGUAGCUACUGGCUUACAGGAUUUCAUCAUCUGUGUGGAAAUGUUUCUAGCAGCCAUUGCCCAUCACUUCAGCUUCACCUACAAGCCUUACAUCCAGGAGGCUGAGGAGGGUUCUUGCUUUGACUCUUUCAUGGCAAUGUGGGACAUAUCUGAUGUCAGAGCAGACAUUUCUGAACAAGUCCGCAAUGUUGGGAGAACAGUUAUGGGUCGGCCAAGGAAGUCCUACUUCGGUGAGGCGCAGAAUGAUGGUGAGCGAUCUGGCCUGCUCUCUUCAGGCUCCCAAGAUGCCAUCACAGAGGCGGCAUCCAACCCCGUGUCACCCAAAGGUCAGUACCAGGGCCUUGGCAGAACCCUCACACCGCACUCUUUGUCAGCCCCCGCUGGGCUCAGCUUGGCCCCGUGGGAUGAAGGAUAUGAGGCUAGACCUGAAGAAACUCAGGAAGAAGAAAGGACCAACCAAAACAAAGAACCAAUGGAAGCAGAUCUCAUCGUGAUCACCUAGCCUAUCGUUAAGGCUGAUGUCACCAACUGACCAGACAUGGUUGGGCAGGACCCAGUUACAGCCUUGCCAUUUUCCUUCAGAUAUGACUACUAAUUAAACAUUAAAAAACUGUUGUUUAAGAGGGCACAUCAACCGAGUAAUAGUAGAAGCUUGCCAACAAAUGCAAAACCAGAUGGACCUUUCUUCCAGCGACAGCUCCAAGAAUGUUCAGUGAAGUUAUGGCACUAAGUGAUUUGCAGAUGACGUGCAUUUUAUGCAGUUUUUGUUGCACUAGGGAGUAAUUUGGCUCAGGAGGCAGAAUGGUUUUUAAUGAAUUGUAAUUGGGAAAGACUUGGUCAAUUUUAAGGUGCGUCCCAAAGAGCACACUUCUCUUCAAAGAACCCAGUGUUUGUGCUGUCGUGUUUCUUGAAAUGAGACGCCAUGUAACGCCUCCUGAAGUCUGAGCAAAGCAUGCAUGUACGUAUAUCAUUUCCAAAUGGGAAAUUAUUACACACUUUUUUGUGUUGUCUCAGUCAUAUCAUGAUCUCAGAUGUGACAGAUAAAGAGAAAUAUGCAACUUUUAAAAUACAAAUGUUUUCUUCGCUCUACAUCUUGGUUUAUAGUGAUUUCAGAGGACAUAGAUUGAAAUGAGUACUCGUAAAUGAAAAUCUACUACUAUACUAUACUAAAGCACAUUAGAUGUCCAUAAUUAUCUAAUUUUUGUUUUGUUUCAGAAAUUAAUUUGGUACGAGUAGGUUAGAGUUAUGCCUACUGAAAGAUGGGUCCUAACUGACAGUGUGACAUUACUACACAAUCAGUUAGUAUUAAAACAAUGUACAUGUGUCAGUCUGAAACUGUACAAUCAGCACAUUCUAGUACAUUUUUAUCAAUGCUUUACUGCAUACAGCUCACUCUACAGUGUUUAAUAGAAAUGUAUUCACUAAUCUUCUCAGAUGCCUUGUUCUAUGUGUCAUGGAAUUUAGCAUUUAUAUUCCAGGAUCAGUUGCUCUUUUGUUAUUAGCUAUUAUUCAUCUUAUUUGAUGAGAUGUUCCCCAUCGUUUUUAGGUUUCAAGCUGGAAUAAUUUUGCAGGUGCUGCACCUAAGCCAUUUACUUUUCCCCAUAGAUUUUCAAGCUCUUGUCAUUGUGAUUUACAUGGAUUUGUGCAGGGAUAUUGACAUGUUCAAUGUACAGUUUGUGUCAGAAAAUACAUAAAUGUAUCAAAUCAUCAUAAUCUGCAUCAUGUCUAGCUAGAGAAUGUUGCCUUACAUGAUUUUAUUUUUCUAAAUAAAACUGACAAGAUUACAUCGGAGCUGAUGUAAAUGUUCUACAUUUGAAUUUAAUUCCAUCUGACAGUCUCUUCAAUAAAUCAGAUUAACUACA